CCCUGCUUCUGCCCCCCUGACCUUGGUUGGGGUCGUUAUCUGGAUUUUGCCCCUCUCUCAGCAGGGACUUUGUGCCUGCCCAUGAGGAGACUGUAGCCAUGUAAGCUAAGCUCUCUUCUUCUUGGCAUUCUGGCCACUGGGGGGAGAGGCUGCCUUCACUCACCGCCUGGACCCAGCUGACCAACAUGCCCCGUGGUGGAUACCUAAGUCUUUAUCUCUGGUUUUACCUUGGCACCGUUGUGGGGAGUGAGGGCCUGGAGGCCCAGACCAAAGAGUGUGCCAUUACAGGGAGCCUCCGAGACAAGCUGCAGUAUAAGAAUCGGCUCCGGUAUAUGAAACACUACUUCCCCAUUGAUUACAGGAUCAGCGUGCCCUAUGAGGGAGUGCUCAGAUUGGCCAACAUCACCAGGCUGCAACAGGCAGAGAUGAGUCAGCCAAAUCUGCGGUACCUGUGGGCGUCACUGAACUGCAACACUAUGGAGAUUAUCCAGAAUGUCCUAUUGGAAGAUCACCCAUCUUGGAAAUAUAUUAAGGAAAUAUAUGAACUUCUGAUCUAUGUCCGGGAAAUUGCAAUGGACCUGCAGGUGGACCCACAGGUGGAGAGAAUCUUGACUCUUGCAAACUCGGGCAGGGACCGGAAGUUGGUGAAGCCAAAGGCACUUCUUGACAACUGCUACAAAGUUAUGGACCUGCUCUACUGCUUAUGCUGUAAAGAGAGCAAUAUCCGCAAUUGGGAAGACUGCGUGGUCCCCCAAGCUCAGCCUCCUAGCUACCACCCUCCUCCCCAGUGUGCUGGCCCGGCCACUCUGCUCUACCGUCCUUCACAAGCCCGAACAUCCCUGGUCGUGGAGAGAGAGCUGAGGCCCCCCCAGGUGGAGGCUGCCCCUUCAGGGAAGGCCAAGCUGGGGGAAGAGCGCUUUAUACCCUGAGCUAGUCCUUCCAGCCUUGACUCUGCUCUGGACCCCAGUGGGACUGCUUGGGCCCAGCCUCUCAAGCGUCUCAGGCCUGCAAUUCUCACCUCAGCAUUUGGGAGGGAGGCCCUUGGAAUCCCCCUGCCCCCAUUCCCAUCCUGGGAAUCAUCCUUUGUGGAGCAGCUCAGAGAAGGGGAGACCCUCUUCCUUCCAAGGAGGUCUUGUGCCGGAGAAGAGCUCUGCUGCCUUCUCACUCACUUAGCCCCACCAGCCUAGUCUCUCUCUCUCUCUUUUUUUCCUUUUGCCUCAGAAGCCCUUAGCGACUGGAGUUGGUGUGGGCAGGUCUCAGGCCCCUCCCAUGGGCUCCAGUAGGCAGGGCAGAGAGCUCCACCUGUGGAACAGGCCUGCCCCACUUGUCUGCUUUAGCCCUUGUCCUCAUGGUUGGGAAACAGAUCCCAGGCCCCUGCCAGUGCAGAAUGAAGAGAUGAGGGGCUCCUCAGUACCAAGAGAGCCAAGUCAGACCACAGUGGAGUGGGGCAGAGUGUGUAGGCAGUGCUAAUACAGCUGAGGAGCGGCUGACCCCAAACUAGCUCCCAGCUGAGUCUGUGCCUUCAGUUUCAGUAAAAGAUCCAUCCCUGCCAUCUGCCUUCCAAGGACAGAGGCCAUAAGCAGGAAGGGGAACAUUGAAAAAGUGCUUUGAGCUCCUCGGGGCCAAGGAACUCGGGGGAAAUCUAGGGCUGUUGCUGAGAGGGAAGCAAGACCCACCAGUGUGUUCUCCUGAGCUGAUGGCCUGGGGUGCUCUUCUAGGAGAGAUAGGAGGUACCUGGGAAGGGGAAGAACUUGAAGGUGGUGAGCUUGCUAAAAGCCUCCCUACUGCUGGAGAACACUCCCCUGUGCAGUUGGGAGGAUCUCUCCAGGAGAAGAAAACCACGUUCUAUAGAGUGAAGGGAGUGCUAGAGUUCUGAGGUCAAAGAGGGAUUCCCCUUAAAGGCUCGCAGAGAAGCCCAUUGGGCCAGUUUGCUGUGGGCCCAUCGGAAGCCCUUUAGCCUGGGUUGGGGGUGGUGGUGGAGUUCUUCUGGGAAGGGAGAAAAACUGGGGGCCCCUGCUGUUUGAGAGCCACUAUCCCCUGAGGACUGUUCCCAGGAGGCCCAGGGAGGAGAGUCUCAUUGGGUUCUGGGCUGCUGCUCCCUGUGGCCUUUGGGAUCUGCCAGGAGGUCUGACGGGGCUGCAUUUUGGUGUGCGUGGGGUGGGGGUCAGAAUUGGAUUGAGGGGCUGCCCCCACUAGAGACAAC